AUGCAAUUUGUCCGCUCUUUCAUGUUAAACGGAACCUCUGUCCGCACCCCCUUCAUGACCAGCAGGCAAAUGCAAUUUGUCCGCUCUUUCGACGGCUUCCAAGUUCUGAAGCUGUCUUACCAGCAAGGCAGCGACACGCGUAGAUUCUCCAUGUACAUCUAUCUUCCAGAUGCCCAAGACGGCCUGCCAUCUCUCACCGAGAGAAUCUGCUCCGGGCUCGGGUUCAUAGACAGCCAUCUCCCUUCCAAUGCAGUGACUCUUGAUGAAUUCCGCAUACCUAGGUUUAAGAUAGGUUUCAAGUUUGAGGCUUCUAGCGUUAUGGAGAAAUUGGGAGUGGUGGAUGUUUUCAAAAGGGGUGGUCUGUCUGAGAUGGUGGUGGAGAAUGGAGAGGCUCUGGGGGUUAACAGAAUACUGCACAAGGCGUUUGUGGAGGUGAACGAGGAGGGCACAGAGGCCGCGGCUGUGACAGUAGGCAAAGCAUUGAAGUGUGCGAGGCAGCAGAAGCCUAAGCUGAUGUUCGUGGACCAUCCUUUCCUCUUCACUAUAAGAGAGGAUACGAGUGGGCUGCUGCUCUUCGUCGGCCAGAUGCUCGACCUGUCAUCUUAA